GUUGAGGACUGCGCGGACAGCCAUUGGCUGGUUCGAAAGGGACUGGUCUUUUUAAACGUUAACUUAGAGCUCUGAGCAACGGUUAUGUUUUAUUCUGAUAUUGGCUAGCAGAACAACACGACAAGCUGCUGAAGCUGAGACGUGAUCAUGGCCGACACUGACUCUGGGGAUCCUUCUGGGCGCUACGAAUUCGACGCCCCGUCCCAUGUUGUUGACUUCAAGGAGCUUUUAGAUGCAGAAACAGACGAUCAGUGGUUUGAAAAACGCACUGAGGGAGUAGAUCCUAACCUUGUCACUCCUGCAAGACCAGAGCAGCUGUCCCUGCAGGCCGAUUAUUCAGGAUCUUAUGGGAAUCAAGUUGAAAAAGAUGUGGAAUCUGGUCAAAGCCAAACCAAAAAUCCCCCGUCGAACAUUGUCACCUCCUGGGGUGGCGAGAAAUCAGUCCAGCCAAAGAGAAGGCCUGUUGAUGGACACUCUGCACAGCCUCGCAGGGUUUCAAAACGUAAAGAGAUGACCUGUAGUUCAGCUGCUCCUCCAUUAAAGAAACCAAAAGAGAACCCAAUUGGUUCAAAAUCCAGAAAUGGCCAACAACAUUCCAGACCCAAUAUUCGAAGGAGUGAGAGACUGAGUUCAAAGAUGACACAAAAGGCUGCUGAAGCUGCCUCCACCACACGCUCAGAGCUGAGCACCUCUGAACAACUGGAGUUGGAGCGCAUCAGAAGCCUCCAGAGGGAAGUGGCUCUGCAUCGCAAGAAGAAUGAGGCCAGCUACAAAGCGGCUCUGGCUGGCAAUCCACCACCAAAGAAGAUGGUUCUAUCCGUAACCGUGCCUAAAGACUUCCACUUCAACACAGAGUCUCGCAUUAAAGCGCCUGCUUCAUCAAACACGUUGCAGAAGGAGGUGGACUUCAUACAUCAGCUACGCCAGCCCUCAUCCCCUGCAAAGGCGAGGAAAGGAGCCACGGUGCCCAAACCGUUCAACCUGUCUGCAGGCCACAAGAUAAGAAAGGAGGAGCCUGGGAGUUACGUUCCUAUAGCUCAGCAGAUAGAGCAGUUCCAAAAGAGGACCCCAACCCGCUACCACAUGCGCAGCUGCAGAACUAAGGAGAGAGGGCCGUCUCCACUGAAGGGUCACCACCUACACCUCACACAGCCUUACUCCCCCCAGCUGAUGACCCGGCAGAGAAGCCGCCCACCGACUGUGAAGAGCAGUGCAGAGCUGGAGGCAGAAGAGCUGGAUAAACUUCAGAAGUUUAAAAUCAAAGCCCUGCAGCUGAACAAGAAGAUUCUAGAAUGUGCCAAGGAGCCGAAGAAGCCAGCAGUGAAGGAGCCCACUGUAGCUGAAGGGUUUGAACUGGAGAUAGAGAAACGGCUCCAGGAGAGACAGGUCAACAAGAAGCCGCUCAACAGUGAGAAGCCCCACAGUUUUAAAGCAAAUCCUCUGCCAAAAAAGGUCCUGGAUGGUAUUGUGGGCUUACCUGAGAAGAAAGUAACAUAUCCAACGGUACCAGAAUCUCCUGCAUUUGCCCUGAAGAAGAGGGUUCGGAUGGAGCGCAAGGUUGAAGAAAUAAAGCCACCCUCGCCGGUCAAAGCUGUCUCAGUUCCCCACUUUGGCAUUCCAUUCCAACCUCAGCUCCCUGAAAGCCACCAUGUGGAGGUGUGUCCUUUCUCAUUUGAGCAGAGGGACAAAGAAAGACAGGCUCUAAAGGAGAAGAGGCUGGCAGAACUGCAAAAUGAAGAGGUGCCACAGUUCAAAGCCCAGCCACUGCCAGACUUCAACACAGUGGUCCUCCCUGAGAAAAAGAAGCCAGAACCCACCAAGCCUGAACCGUUCAGACUCCAAAUCGACGAGCGAGGAGCAGCAAAGCACAGGCAGUGGGAGGAAAUGGUGAAGGAGGUGCAAAAACAACAGGAGGAGUCGGCCAUAUUCAAAGCUAGGCCCAACACAGUCACUCACAAAGAACCUUUUCGACCCAAAAAGGAGAACCGGAUGGCACCGGACGUUAAUUCUUCUACAGUGGUGGAGCCCUUUGAGUUGGCUACGGAGCGCAGAGCCCGAGAGUGGCAGGAGUAUGAGCAUCUGAUUGCUGAGAAGGAGGUGCUGAGGGCACGACUGGAGGUGGAGCAGAGACUGGAGGAAGAGCAGCGGCAGAGAGAGGAGACUGUCCGGCUGCGGCAAGAACAGGUCCACAAAGCUCAGCCCAUCAGACAAUAUAAACCUGUUGCAGUGAAGAAGAGCGAGGUUCCUCUCACAGUCCCAGAGUCACCAAACUUCUCCAAACGUUUCCGCUGAGGACCAGCAGGAGUCUCCCACGUUACUACUGCAAAUAUUUCGUUUUCAGUUUUAUUCUUAACUCUUGUAAUAAAGUGGCUGAAUUCUGCCAUUGUUUAUAAACCUGAUUCCUGCAGCUUCAGCCGGUGCUUCUACUUCUCUUAAACAUUUUAUUUGUAGCAAUGUAAUGUAAUAAACUUUUUCUUUUUUUUUUUAA